UAAUCAAACACCUUGUCUUGUCUUCCAGCCAAAGCAUGAGCUGUGCUCCCGAUGAAUCGCUAUUGCGCGGUGCUCUUCGCCUUCGCGGCGAUCCGUGUGCUCUCGGCCGUCGCCGAUCACAGCUUCAUCGAUCCUUCCCGUGUCAUCCAGCUCUCGUGGCGUCCCAGGGCGUUCUUGUACAAGGGUUUCCUCUCCUAUGAGGAAUGCGAGCACCUCGUUGCCCUGGCGAAGGAUAAGUUGGAGAAAUCGAUGGUUGCGGACAACGAGUCUGGCGAGAGCAUGAUGAGCGAGGUGCGGACGAGCUCGGGCAUGUUCCUCGAGAAGCGGCAGGAUGAAACUAUUGCGCGAAUCGAGCAGAGGAUCUCUACCUGGACUUUCCUUCCAGAAGAAAACGGGGAAGCAAUGCAAGUUCUUCACUAUGAGCAUGGUGAAAAGUAUGAACCUCAUUUUGACUAUUUUCACGACAAAAUCAAUCAACAACUAGGUGGUCAUCGAGUUGCCACAGUGCUAAUGUACCUGUCUGAUGUUCGAAAAGGCGGAGAGACUGUCUUCCCGGAUUCAGAGGGGAAAUUGUCUCAACUGAAGGAUGACUCUUGGUCUGAUUGUGCAAAAAAUGGUUAUGCAGUAAAGCCUGAAAAAGGCGAUGCUUUGCUUUUCUUUAGUCUUCACCCUAACGCAACAACAGAUCCAAAGAGCUUGCACGGAGGCUGUCCUGUCAUAGAAGGCGAAAAGUGGUCCGCGACAAAGUGGAUUCAUGUGGCAUCAUUUGAGAGCCAAGAGGUGAACGGGUCAGGUACGGCAUGUGAGGAUGCGAAUGUUCUCUGCCCCAAGUGGGCUGCGGUCGGAGAGUGCACAAAGAAUCAUCUCUAUAUGGUAGGAUCCAAGGAUUCUCUCGGAUUCUGUAGGAAGAGUUGCAAUGUCUGCACAUUGUAGCUAAUGUUUCAUGUGGUUGGGUGUACAUUGUGUCGUUAUUCUUCAAUUUCAGAAACGUUACUUCGGUCAGAGAAACGUCUUUUCUCCUACCAUGUGAUGAAUUGAAGUUCACCUAAGAGUGUUUCUAAAA